AUGCUACCAAGAAUACUGACGAGAGCAAGCUCAACUUGCACAAAGUUUCAUCCUCUUAAUGAAAACUACAAGAGAUUGCGUCAUAUUCAUUUCCCUGGCAUUACUCCCUUUGCCAAGGGCGAGGCCAUCCAGCAAAAGAUGGUGGCAGCCAACUUGGACUUCAAGAAGAUGGAAGCUAAGAUACGCAAGCAGCUGAAGGACCUUAUGAAUCAAGGCUUUGCGCUUUCAGAUUAUGAGAACAAGUUUUUAAAUCAGGUGCUUCUGAUGAAGCCCUUUCCUACCAUCUUGACGUUUGAGUUCGACAAUGUCUACACUGGAGGUAAGCAAAUGAAGCAGAAUCCACAGUUGGCACAAAAUAUAAAAGAGUAUGAGGCUCUCGGGUGUCAAUACCACCAGCUUGAGCGAGGCGGGCAAGUUACAUGGCAUGGAAACGGGCAGCUCACAGCAUAUUUGAUUUUAGAUUUGAAGCAGUUCACUCAUCUUACAGUGAAGUGCUUCGUCGACGCUGUCCUACUUCGAGGCGUGCAAAAUAUGUUGCAGAAGAACUAUGGGCUUCAGAGCUACGUCAACGAGAAUCCAGGAGUAUGGAUGGCCCCUAACGAUAAGAAGAUUGCCUCUGUAGGGUGCAAUAUUCAGCGUGCUAUCACGUCCUAUGGAGUGGGGGUCAACAUCGACCCUGAUAUGAAGUUCUUAAACACAUAUACCAUGUGUGGGUUGCCAGGAACUCGAGCAACGUCGUUGAAGGAGAUGCGUCCUGACGUCAGCGUAAGCGUGAAGGAGGCAGGAGACUUGUUCGCCAAAGAGGUGGCCAAGUUGCUCAACAUCACGACCAUAGAGCACAUGAACGGUCAAGAUCUUCUUGAAGGUGAAACAGAAAAUCAGGCCGCCAAGGAGGAUCAUGCAGCCUAA